AUGGCUCGACAGCGAACGGUCUCUGCUCACGCCUCGACAUGUUUGAUAACAGAACAUAACAAAUUUGGACCUAUUGUAGACGAGAAUUGCUACAAUGGGCUUGAUUUUACUUUACUCUUUGAGGAGAGCUUCAUGGUUAUCGCGCCCGCCAUUUUCGCCAUCGCACUGUUGGCGUGGCGUAUUUGGCACCUGCAAAGCCAGCCGACAAAGGUUGCACGAGGUUUGUUAUUUUGGAGCAAAAUAAUCUUGUAUUCCCUACAAUUAUCGACCCAAGCCAUCAUCCUAGGGUUAUGCACCGUGGGUCCCAGGACAAGCCUCACUUAUAGCUCAGUGAUUCUGUCCAUCCUCGCUACGAUCAUGUGCAUGUAUGGUUCUCACCUCGAGCACUCUCGAACCCCUUGCCCCUCAGCAAUUUUAGUUCUCUACCCGACGGUAAUGAUACCUUUUGAAGCUGUUCAUGUGCGAAGCCUCUGGUCAAUCGACGGCCUCCGCCAUAUCGCAGUGAUGGUUCUUAUAUCACUCGGAGUCAAAUUCAUUCUUGUAAUUGUUGAAUCGUUGCCAAAAAUGCGACUCCGAUAUCCAGGACACAGCAUCCGUAGCCCGGAGGAAAUGGAGGGCCCAUUGGGGCGCGCCUUUCUCUUUUGGCUGAACCCACUCUUUCUCCUGGGGAUGAGAAACAAACUCAGGCUCCAGGAUCUUUUUCCUGAAGUGGGAAAAUUGAGCCUUUCCUCAGAUGAACAGAGUCUACUAAAGUUCUGGAACCAAUGUGCCAACAAAAAAAAGCCUCAUGCAUUAGCCUUCUUAAUCAUGAAAGCUUUUAAGAGCGAAAUCAUCUCCUGUAUUUGGCCUCGGCUGGCAUAUAGCGGUUUCGUGAUCGCUCAGCCAUAUUUGAUCCGUCGAGCAGUUACUCUGUUUGCCCUUCCCCAUGGGAAGAAUUCCCACGAUCGUGGAGUACUUCUCAUCCUGGCAUUUUUACUCGUAUACGGUGGCAUGGGAAUCUCCCUGGCCAUUUCAAAGCACAAAGCAGCUCGCCUAAUAGCUAUGAUGCGCAGCUCCCUGACCAUGAUGAUAUACGACAAGACAAUGCGUUUACCGGCCUCGUAUGGUCAAGAUAAGGUACUCACUACUAUUGGCACGGAUAUUGAGCGCAUGGCUUUAGGCCUCUACACCUAUUACGAGUGCUGGGCCGCGCCCAUCGAGUUGGGCCUUUUUUUCUGGAUGAUUUACAGAGAGCUCUAUGAAACCAGCAUAGCCGCGAUGCUUCUCUCUGCUUUUGCCGUUGUCGGUGUGGUUUUGCUGGCUCCAUAUGCUGUCAAGAAGCAGACCUUUUGGAUUGACGCAAUCCAAAAACGUGUCGCAGUUACAGCAGAGCUGAUUAAUGGAGCCAAAGGGGUGAAAAUGUCCGGGCUUACAGACCGGCUUCAUACAAUUCUAACUGGCCUUCGCCUUGAGGAAAUUUCGAUAUCGAGGGACUAUCGUUCAGUUGUGACAGGCAUCUUUACGCUUGCAAACACACAUUCAAUUCUUACCCCAACAGUCUCCUUUGCUAUCUACAUGUUUGUUUCCCGCUCGAAAAAUGGAGCCAUCGGGACUCUCGACAGCCCGCGCGCAUUCACUUGUCUAGCCUUGCUUGAGCUUUGCGGUGAAACGCUCUUAUCUUUACUCCAAGCUAUUUCAAAUGUUUCCUCGGCAGUUGGCUGCAUUGAUCAUAUUCAAGAGCUUCUGUGCGAGGAUGAACACCGCGAUCAGCGCAUCAUCACAUCGCAGCCGCUCCUGGCCGGAAUGCCCUGCAUAAUUGCUCAUGACUUCUCCGCGGGGUGGGAAGGGCCAAUUAUCCGAAAGGCCUCCUUCAUCAUCCCAUGCAAUUCAUUGACAAUGCUGAUUGGGCCCGUUGGUUGUGGAAAAUCCACUCUUCUCAGGGCAAUUCUUGGGGAAACAACGCACAACAAAGGGUCCAUAAUCGUCAACACCGCAAAUAUUGCGUACUGUAGUCAAACUCCAUGGCUCGUGAAUGGAACAGUACGGGAAAACGUCCUCGGCUCAAAUGCCUACUGGGAUGACUGGUAUCGAAUGGUAAUUGAAGCUUGCUGCCUGCAGGUGGAUAUCGCGCAAUUGGUCAAUGGAGAUGAUACCAUCGUUGGAUCCAAGGGAUUAUCUCUCAGCGGAGGGCAAAAGCAGCGUUUGGCUCUUGCACGCGCUGUGUACUCUGGGCAUAGCUUGGUGAUUCUCGACGAUGUACUAACUGGAUCAGAUGCCGCUACAGAGGAUCAUAUAUUCGAACGGCUUCUAAGCCCGUGCGGCUUGCUAAGAAAAUUAGGGACUACAGUAGUCAUGGCGACAAGCCUCACCCAACGCAUACAACACGCUGACCAUGUCAUCACUUUGGGGUCAGAUGGCUUUAUCAUUGCUCAAGACACUAACUCAAAUACCGGGGUAGGUCAUGAUCCAGGCAAGAAGUAUUCCAUGGACGUUGCCCCGGGUUUCAAAACAAAAGCUGGUCGCCGUAUCACGAUAACCAAUUUGAAUGCUGAGUCAACCUGUUCGAUGAACCCAGCCACAAACACUCCUGUAGACGACAGUUUGGGUGAUGAUGCCCGUCAUUCCGGAGAUUUUGCAACUUACAAGUACUAUUUCUCUGCAGCUCCGUGGCACAGAUGGGUAGUGUUUCUUGUUGCCCUCGCAGUUGGGGUAUCUACCAAAAUAUUCAUGUCUACGUGGAUAAAGUGGUGGGCACAUGACAAUGAUAUUGAACCCAACCGCAAUCUCAAGAUGCGAGUUGUUGUCGAUUGCACUCUUUGUGCAAUAUACGCUACUAUGUUUUGGAUCUCUCAGUGGAUCAUGAUUCAUGGAGUCACGGCAAAGACGAUGAUAACGCUGCAUCAAAGACUUCUCGUAGCCGUAAUUCGGGCCCCAAUGUCCUUCUUUUCAAGAACCGAUUCAGGAACUAUAAUGAACCGUUUCAAGAGCGAUCUAGAGCUGAUAGACUUCGAAUUGCCUCUGGUGGUUUUUAUCACCAUCGCGACAUCGAUGGAAUGUGUCGGGGCGAUCGUGGUGGUCAUUGUCAAUGUCCACUACAUGGCAGCUGUGAUUCCUAUCUCGAUAAUUAUCAUUGGGGCCGUAGAGAUAUUCUACUUGCGGACUUCCCGACAGCUUCGAAUUCUUGACCUCGAAGCAAAGGCACCAAUUUUGAGACACGCCAUGGAUACGGUAGGUGGUCUGGUGACAAUCCGAGCUUUUGGCUGGCAGAAUCAGUACAGAAACCUCGCCAACACAAAUCUAGAGGUAUCACAAAGGCCAUUCUAUUUGCUCAUGGUGGCACAGGUUUGGCUUGGGUUGGUAUUGGACUUUGUCAUGACCGGGUUCGCCGUCGUCCUCAUGGGAAUUGGUGUCGCCAAGCUAGGGAAUGUCUCGGCCGGCGAUAUGGGAUUGGCACUGACAAGCACCAUCAACAUCGGCAUUUGGAUGAAAACGCUGAUCAAGUUCUGGAUGAGUCUCGAGACGUCCCUUGGAGCUGUUGCACGGGUGAAGGACUUCGAGCAGAACCUGGAGUCUGAAGAUCUACCUGGCGAGCGUAAAAUACCGCCCGCUAUCUGGCCAGCCCAAGGAAAAAUUGAAUUUAGAGAGGUCACUGCAUCCUAUGGGAGGUCCUCCAACCAUGUUCUCCAGCAGGUCUCGUUUACUGCUCGACCAGGAGAGAAGAUCGCCAUUUGCGGUCGGACAGGUAGUGGUAAAAGUACACUUGUCGCAGCACUGUUCCAUAUGAUUGAUUUGUCGGGCGGCCAAAUCCUACUGGAUGGACUGGACAUCACAACGAUUUCCCGACAAAGACUGAGAGCAUCUCUGAACGGGCUACCCCAGGAUUCGUUUCUACUUAAUGGAUGGACUAUUCGUGAAAACGUUGACUUUUUCACUUCCACCUCCGAUGCAACCAUCGUCUCUGCUCUGAAAGCGGUGCAUCUUUGGGACAUUGUCGAAGGGAAGGACGGUUUAGACACGGUCGUGCAUGAGAGCACCUUUUCUCAUGGACAGAGACAGCUGGCCUGCCUUGCGCGAGCUCUUGUCCGACAUGGAAAUGUCUUGGUGCUAGAUGAAGCAACAAGCAGUGUCGAUGAAAGCACCGAGCAGUUGAUGCAGACAUUGGUUCGUUCACAUUUUUCCAGGCACACUAUUCUAGCGGUCACCCACCGGCCUUCUACUGUUUUGGAUUUUGACCGUGUUCUUGUCAUGGAAGGGGGCCGGAUCGUUGAGAACGACCAUCCCCAGAAGCUUCUGAAGCGAGAGACCCGGUUUUCGAACUUUCUGAGGGUUUCCGACCAUGACGCGAUUUUAUAA